AUGAAAUACAGCGAAAUAUCCCACUUCAGCCACCCUCAACACAAGCUGAGGUACGAGUUCACCGAGUUCCCCUUCAAGUGCGACGGGUGCAAGGAGGCUGGGAUCGGUUCGAGGUUCCGGUGCUCGACCUGCGACUUCGACCUCCACCAGCACUGCGCCGUACCAUCCCCUUACUCCCUCCACCACCCUUUCUACACCAAGUGCUCCUUCCAGUUCUUCUCCCGCCCUCCGGGGGAUGUCCCCCGCUACUGCAACGCCUGCGGGCGCGACGUGGCGGGGUUCCUGUACCACUGCAGGGACUGCGGGUUCGACCUGCACCCCUGCUGUGCCAAGCUCCCCGUUGUCAUAGACGAUGGGGAGGUCAAGCUGUACCUUUACAGAAAGGUCAGCUCCCCCUGCCACAGGUGUGGCAGAAAAGGGAGGAGCUGGAGUUAUCGGUCCACGUGCAAGAAGUACAACUUGCACGUGGCGUGUGUUAAGGACAUGUUGGUUGAGAACUGGGCCGAUUUGUGUUCAAAUGUUAAUGAACAUCGAUAUGUUGGAUCGAGGAGCGUGAACAUUGUGGGUAGUGACAGAGAAUGUUAUGGUUUCAGUGGAGGUGGUGGCGACGACAGAAGAGGAGGAGGAGGAGGAGGAGGAGGAGGAGGGAGUAGUCGGAGGUUCGGGACGAGGAUUCCGACGUUGAAGAACACGGUGAAUGUUCAGAGGAAGAGUAAGGGGAAGGUGAAGAAGUGUUGUGAGGUGGCUGGGUUGGGCGUGCAGUUCAUUGUUGCGGCUGUGCUUGGUGAUCCAACGGCUCUUAUUGCUGGCCUUGUUGGGAUAUUGAUAUCCAAGGGUUGA